AUGGUGGCUGCGGCUGUGACUGUGGCUGAUCAAAAAACUCAUGUCCUCAUGAUUGAGAAUGUUGCGGAGGGGCUUAAGAGGAGCGGGAAGCCGUUUCUUUGGGUCCUCAAGGACAAGGAAUCCGGCGGGGAGCUGCCGUCUGGGUUUUUGGAGGAUGUUGAGGGGAGGGGCCUCGUCGUCAGCUGGUGCGCUCAAGAACAGGUUCUCAAGCAUGAAGCUGUGGGUUGCUUCCUGACCCACUGCGGAUGGAACUCGACGCUAGAGACCAUAGUCGCAGGCGUUCCGGUGAUAGCAUUUCCGGAGUGGACGGAUCAGCCUACCAUUGCCAAAUUUCUAACAGAUGUUUUCAAGGUUGGAGUGAGAACGCGAAAGGGAGAUGACGGAGUAGUGAGUUCAGAAGAGGUGGAGAGAUGCAUAAGAGAGAUCACCGACGGGCCAGCGGCGGAGGCAAUAGCCAAAAGAGCGGUGGAGUUGAAGGAGGCGGCAAAAAGGGCGGUAGAAGACGGCGGAUCUUCUCACCGGAAUCUUGAUAUGUUUAUAGCUGACAUUACAGGGAAAGAAAUAGAAGGGUUGACGAGUAAAAAAGAUCAUGCAAUUGCAAAAAUGGUGGCGGUUUCUGAAUAA